AAAUUGUGAUUGAUUCGUUAACAAGAGGUUUACAUUGUUCAUAUUUUUGUUAAUUUAUGUGUAUGUCUAUGUUGGAAAGUGUAUGCAGUGUGUGUGGUCAAGAGAAUAAUCAGGUGUUUGAACUAAACGUACGUAGAAAUGAGUAUUAUGAGCAACGCUGCACAUAAAAAGAGUGUGGUUACAAAUGUCGGUGUAAGACAAGCCAAAGCGCGUAAAGACACCGUAAUAUUAGAUGGAGAUCUUGUUACAGAAGAGUCAGUGGUGAAGAAGGGAUUCGUCUCACCUGAGGAUGUGCUGCGGCUUCCAAGAAUAACAGAUAAUUAUUUGUGCUCACCUGAAGCCAAUGUAUAUGAUAUUGACUUCACACAUUUCAAAAUUCGUGAUUUGGAGAGUGGUACAGUGUUGUUUGAAAUUGCAAAGCCACCUCCUACAGAUUCAGAAGAGGCUGAUCCAGAACCAGAACAAGAGGAGUUGGAUCCCAAUGCUGGUCGCUUUGUCAGAUAUCAGUUUACACCACAGUUUCUUAAAUUGAAGACUGUGGGAGCUACUGUGGAGUUCACAGUGGGCAAUAAAGCAGUGAGCAAGUUUCGAAUGAUUGAACGUCAUUUCUUCAGGGACAAGUUGCUCAAGAGUUUUGACUUUGAAUUUGGAUUCUGCAUUCCAAACAGCAAGAACACUUGUGAGCACAUCUAUGAGUUCCCCACUCUUGCACCUGAUCUAGUCAAGGAGAUGAUAUCUCACCCCUUUGAGACACGUUCAGACAGCUUCUAUUUUGUAGAUGAUCGUCUCAUCAUGCACAAUAAGGCAGACUAUGCAUAUGAUGGUGGACUUCAGCAGUAAUUUAUCAUACAGACAACAUUGUUUACUCCCUCCAUUGCUCAUUUGGACCAUAUGGUAUUUAAGUCACAUUCCACAUUAUUUAUUAUUUCAUUCAUAUAAGUACCAUUGUUAUUCAGUUUUUACAUUUUUGUUCAGGUGUCAUCUUUAUAUAUGAACAGAAGUGUCAUGUCAAGUUGUGUAACUGGCAGCAUGAAAAUUCUGCUGACAUCUUUCCCAGAUUAUGUAUGCUCAGAGAGAGGCAGAAAUCUUGCAGGGUCUUUGUUCAGCAUUUGCUUGAAUAAUGUUUCAGAAUUAAUUCAGCUGGUAUACUUCUCCUGUAGUUGUAAGGAAGAGACAUUUAUUAAGACAAAGUUACAUGGAAUACAAGGAGUGGGCCUGGUUAAAACAGGGGUAUGUUGAUGAUCUCAUUUAACAUUGUUAUUGUAUUAUGAUUUAGCAGUGUGAAAGUACAUAGGUCCCAAAGUCUCUGAAUAUUAUGUAAAGUAUUAUGUACUCUAACUUCUUGCAGACAUACCUAUGGAUAUUUUUAGUGUGUUAGCCCUAUACUGGUUGAAUGGCAUCUAAUUAAAUAUGAAUCUAAUGCUAUAUAUUCACCUCCAGUAGACCUGUGAUUGUUUUGUAUUUUCUGCAUCCUGUAAGUCAGUAUAGCAUGUUCCAUACAAGGGUCAUUCAGUGGCCUCAUAGAGAAUGUCUUGUUUUACAUAAGAGGGAAAAACCAUUGGAGAGAUGCAUUUGGGAGGACAGGAUUUCUGAUUUUUCCAUCAAAUGUACCAAAGAGACUUGAUCUAACAUUAGACCACUGGUACAAGAGGUAUUCUCAGGUCUCUGCCAUUAAGCAUUUUAUAUUUCAUUAUAUCCCCGUAAAUGUCCUUCAUCCCUUCACACAAACACCAAAAUAAACCUUAACAAAGGUACAGGGCUUGGGGCAAAAACUCUGAGACAGUGGGGAAAUCAGUAUUAUAAUGGUGGUGAUAAUACAUAUUUUCAUGUCUUGAUUGGGAUUUGAAGGUAAGACUGAACAGCUGUGCCCAUCCCUUCAUUGGUUACAGAAAUAUGUGUAAUAUGACCUGAAACAUAUACAGGAAUAAAGAAAUAAGACCCAUCUUCCUCCA